AUGUCUCAGAGGCAGACGCGGUCUGGAGGGGCCGCCCAACGUUCUGGGUCCCAGCCUUCAUCUCCGAACCGAUCUCUGCGGAGAUCCCAGCGGAAAUCUGGCUCCGAUCUCCAGAACACCGUCCCCGAAAUCUGGCCGAAGACUCCCCAUGCCGCCCCAGCCCGAAAGCCCAUCGUCUUGAAGAAGAUCGUGGCUCACACGUUGGAGAUCCCGGCCGUCUGCUCACCUCGCAGGAGCCCUCGGGUGAGUGGCCGCCUGGAGGCCGCUGCCACCUCCACCCCCGGCCGCCGCUCCUGCUUCGGCUUUGAGAGGCUGCUAGCAGAAGACAGUCUGGCCACAGUCUCGCCGGUGGUGGCCUCCAAGCCCUUCGAGGUCACCGGCAUCUCUGUGAAGCCCUGGGCCCCUGACACCACCCUCCCGGGCAUCUCGCCCCCGACCGCGAAAGAGAGGCGAAAGAAGAAGAAAGCGCCGGAGAUCCUGAAAUCGGAGCUGGAUGAGUGGGCCGCGACCAUGAAUGCAGAGUUCGAAGCUGCUGAGCAGUUUGAUCUCCUGGUUGAAUGAGAUGAGAUGGGGGGCACCAGACCAGAUGCUCCCUCCUCCCUGUACAUAGCUCUUCCCCCUCCCUCUGCCAGAGCCUAGAAAAGAUACUUGGGGCCCAGCUGGGGGGCUUGGGUGACAGCAGCCAUCUGGUUUGGGGAAUGGGGCCCGUCUGGCCUGGUCACUCACGGAGGUGGUGGUCUGUCGUCAGGAGCGCUGGUUCUCCUCUCUGACCCAGAGGCUCCAGCAGGAGGAGGCUAAGGAAGGGCUGGCUGCCAGCCGCUCUGAGUGGCUGCCAAGGGAACGUGGCCGCCCUGGCGUGGACUCUCCCGUGGCCUUCUGUCAGGGCUUGGUCCCCCUGGAAAAACGGGGUGAUGUCAAGAGACUUUGGGCCCCUGGGAGCCCCUCUCCGGGCCUGUAGGUUUCCGGACUGGGGGGCAGCUUUGUCUUUGAGGAGUCUGUUUUGAAGCAGGGAGGGAAGAAGCCUUGCUCGGCUCUUCGCCCGUGAGCCAUUUUGUCUAGAAGCUGUUUCGUAGUUGUGUUUUCUGCCCCCCGAGAUGUAGUGUAGAUGCCAGGAGCGCCGGCUUGGGGCUCCAGGUGUGCUUGGAACUCACCUGGGCAGGAGGUCCUCCCCGCUCGCUCGUCAGCUGCCUCAGCGUCUUUAUAAAGACACCUCAGUUCUAGAUGAUAGGAAUCAUGGGUUAGCGGUCCCAGCCCACCAGGACGUUUUGGGGAGUUUUUCUCACGCAACCAGAGAGGCAGCGCCUGGCAGACGUCGUCCUCAGAUGAGCGCUCUACCUAAGGGUACCUGUCUUCCGCCUCUGGGGGAUUCCCCCGACUGCCACCCCUUUUGUCAACGCUGGUCAAAGGUGUGGUUGUAAAGGCUGACCACCCAGGUGCCCCAGCCCCGUCAUUCUAACCUUUGAUGUUUCUGAGCUCGUCGUAUUCUUUUAGAAGCGAGGGGGUGUGUGGAGGGCUGGUGGGUAACAUAGGGGAGGGGUGUGCAACUGGGUGGGGUCCUUAGAUUCGACAACAAGCGUGGUGGGCGUCCGUGAAAUCCAUCACAAGACCCAGGGAUCACCGGGAGACAUCGGCCUUCCAGCCGCCCUCUGAGUCAAACUUCCCGGGGCCUCCUUGUCCUCCUGGCUGGUCGAGUUCUUGGGGACAUGUGCUCCUCCUGAGGGGGCAGCACUGCAGACCUUUCUCUGGCUGAGGAACCGAGAAUAUGGGGCGUGCGGUAAAGUUGGGACUGAAACAGUAAUAAAUAAAGCGCACACACAUGACGGGAGCGUAUCUGGCUGUCUAUAGACUUGGUCUUGCUGGGUCAAAGGUGGAGGUGAGGCCCAGGCAGCGAGCCUAGUGCAAGCUGUCACCAUGGUUGCCCCUGAACCCCACGACCCCAUGUCUGUCCCUGCCAUCACUCAUCUGUCCCCAAUUC